GCGCCAUAGUGACGUCACCGAGAAGUGUUACCGAGGUGAAUCUAGCGUCACCCAACUGUACGCCAUCGUUGUAGCUCAAAACUCGAGAGAGUCGUUUACAUUUUCGUUGUUUCACUUGUGUAAGAAGUGAACUGUUAAGUGUCAACAAGUUUCCGCGCUACGUUUUAGGCCUGAUCAAUUGAUUUGCUGUAGAAAAGUCCAUGCAAAAUGAGUUGCUGUAGGCGAAGGAGACGCCGAACGCGUUCAGAAGGUUCAUGUCGGGAAUAUUGUGAUGUUACUCUGGAAGACUUCGCUAAUUCCUCCGGAAGCUUUGGACAUGCUCGGUUAAAGAAACCAAUGAGAAAUGUUUUAAGAGAAGUAAAAUCAUUGACUGAAGCAACUGGUAGUAAAACAUAUGAUGCUGCUGCUGAACAUUCAGAAGAAAAUGCUGAUAUGAAUCAAGAAGUACCAGUGAGACCUACACGGAGAAGAAGGAAAACACCCCCUGAGAGAAAUACCAGUACUGGUGUUAGAUAUCCAGUUGAUCUUUGGUUUCUUAUAUCAGAUUACAUUGAACCAGAGUGUGUUGGAAAAUUUGCAAGAUUAUGUAAAGAUUCCCUACAUGUUGUGCAGACUGCACAGUUUUGGUUGUCUUUGUACAAAAGAUACUACAAACCAGGCACUCCUUUACCUGAAAAGCUGCAACCAGAAUCAAUGGUUCAACGGUAUGGGCUGAGAGCCAGAGUAAUAAGAGCUCUUUAUUACAUGCACAGACCAUUUACCCUCAGAUGUGCGAGUGCUACUCUCUCAAAAUCAACAGUGUUGAACAGAAAGGUUGUUCGCCAGUGGUAUCAGAUUAACUUGGGAUCAGGCUACUGGACAUACUACUUAAAAUUACAAGAUAUUAAUCAUACAAGCAAACCAAUAUCCUCGAACCUUGUUGAAGUGCUGGAUGAUAUCAUGAUCAAUAGAGAAGAAGGCUGUGUGACAAUGAUGAUCGAGUGCUCACAGUUCGUGCACUUGCCCCUACUUAUGGGAAUGGUGUUGAGAGAUAUAUCGGUUGUGUUGGGCACUGCACUCUUAGGUUCUCAGGCCCAUUUGCAGUUUACCUACAGUGUUGCUAACACAGGACCAGCUGUGUGUGUAGAUGUAGUUUACAUAGUAAGUUUAAAUUUUAUUCACUGGUGGAAUCCUUGUUACCCACAUGCAAAACACCCACUCCCCUGCAUAACUAUUGCUGACUGUAAAUGAAGAAUUGGAGGUGGAAUUAAAGAAUGAAAAUGAAGUGUGAUUGUGUUCUAAAGUUAAGUAUUGUCUUUUCUACAACAUUAAUAAAGGAACUAAUGUAAAAGAUUUUGGUUUAAACAUAUCAACUUGUAUGUUAAAAAUUCAGUAAUGAAACCAGUAAAUAAAUGCAUUUGUGUAUUCGUGUA